GGCGGGCCGCCGGGGCCGCGGGCAGUGCGGGAAUUUCGGACCGGGAGGAAGGAGCGGCGCCGGGCCCGCUCACCCAGAGGCCUUCAAAUCACAAAAAUCUGCGAUUUCAGGAUCAGGGAAGGCCUGAAAAUCUGGAGGAAAGAUCUUUCUCCAAGACAGUAAACUUAUGUAUCACCUUGAAGAAUAAAAAAAAAAAAAGACAAAGGGAUGUAGAGAGGAGCUUCUUGAAGAGACUACUGUGGAUAAUGAUGGAAAAUGCCCAAGAAGAAAACAGCUGGAAAAGCCCCUUCAAAAACGAAACUUGCCGAAUUGUUUAGUCUCGGAGAGGUUCUAGCAGACACAGCAAAAAAAGAAUGGAAAUUGGGUGUCCCUGUAGGGGAGGGAGGCUUUGGACGCCUAUACCUUGCUGAUGUUAAUUCUUCAAAGUCGGUUGGCAGCGAUGCCCCUUAUGUUGCAAAAGUGGAACCCAGCGAGAGUGGACCUCUUUUUACUGAGUUAAGGUUCUACAUGCGAGCUGCUAAGCCAAAUGAAAUUCAGAAGUGGACUAAGUCCCAUAAACUGAAAUAUUUAGGUGUACCAAGAUAUUGGGGUUCUGGCUUGCAUGAAAGAGAUGGAAACAGCUAUCGAUUUAUGAUAAUGGACCGAUUUGGCAGAGAUCUUCAGAAGAUGUAUGAAGAGAAUGCAAAACAAUUUCCCCAUAAAACUGUACUACAAUUAGGCCUGAGAGUACUUGAUAUUCUGGAAUAUGUCCAUGAACAUGAAUAUGUGCAUGCAGACAUCAAGGCCUCAAACCUCCUUCUGAGUUACAAGAACCCUAAUCAGGUGUACCUGGUGGAUUAUGGACUUGCCCACCGGUACUGUCCUGAAGGAGUUCACAAAGUAUAUAAAGAAAAUCCUAAAAGAUGCCAUGAUGGAACUGUGGAAUAUACCAGUAUUGAUGCACACAAGGGUGUGGCGCCAUCGAGACGUGGUGAUCUGGAGAUCUUGGGUUACUGUAUGAUUCAUUGGCUUAGUGGCCAUCUACCAUGGGAAGAUAAUUUGAAAGAUCCAAAUUUUGUCAGGGACUCAAAAAUCAGAUGUAGAGAUAAUAUUUCCAUUUUGAUGGACAAAUGCUUUCCUGGGAAAAAUAAACCAGAUGAAAUAGCCAAAUACAUGGAAAAGGUGAAGGUACUGAGCUAUGAAGAGAAACCUGUUUAUCAGCAUUUCCGAGAAAUACUUCUGCAAGGUCUCAAGGCCAUUGGACAAAAAGAUGAUGGUUUGCUUGACUUUGGCUUGGCAGAGAAUGGAGACUUCGACAGAAAUCCCACACAAAAGAAAAGAAGAAAGGCAGUGGCAGCAGCUGCAGCGAGUGAGAGCACUGAGGCAAAAAUGGAAGAUACAGAAAGUCCAAAGAAGAAGAAAGCUGCUAUUUCAAAUGCAAUUGCUGCCAGAACCGAGAAGAUGACCUCACCAAAGAAAAGCACAGCAACCAGAAAGAGAGUCAAGAAGUAAAUAAUAUAUGGAGCAACAAAUUAAGUUGCUCUGUGGCUCAUUUCUGAAUUUUUUUUGUUGUUGUUGGUAGCACUGGAAUCUUUUUCUUUCCUUUUGAAAUUAUGAGUUCUGUAAAAACAUGGACUGCUGUUUGUACCUGUUUUUGAAGAAUAAAUGUUUUAUUAAAAUAUUUGCAUAAUUUAUAUACAUGUAAAUACUAAUGCAAAAUUUUACCAACUUGUGAAGUGGGGAUGCAUUUUUAUUCUUUAUAUACAUGAAUUCAUGUCUUUAAGGCAAACUAAAAAAGAGUGGUUUUUUCCUGCUUUGUAAUGUAGAGAUGAAGCCUUUUUUUACUAGUUUCAUUAUGGAUACUGUAUAAGAAACAGCAGUGUUGCAUCUGAUUUCUCACAGUUCUGAGUAAAGUCAUAUUGGUGGUCACUUAAAUGCACACUGAGAUGAAAUCUGAAAAAGCAUAAAUAACUUUUAAAUAUGUUACAAGUGUUUGAAUUAAAAACAGAACAUAAGGCAAAAACCAUGUCCUUCCAUUGUAGUUUAUAUAAAAUGCAUUUAAUUCUUUGGAAGACAGGUACUGAAUUUUAGCCAUUUUUUUGCAUAGUAUUUGUGUUUCUAUCACUUUUCCACUUAUUCACAGUUUCUCUGGAAAGAAAGAGACCAGAAUUUCAGACAAAGGGCCCAGGGCAAAGAAAAGAACCAACUAAAAAACAAUGCCUAUUCUCAACCAUCCCCUCAGGUUUUCUUUUUAUAUUAGGGAAAAGACUAGAAUAUAAUUGAGUAACUUUGUGCAGGAUCUAGUUCCCGUGAAAUAUUGUCUCACGUCUGCUUCUCUCAGCAGUAAUGGUUUGCCUUUACUUGAGGAGCAUGUAAUCUUCCAAAUCCUUUUGUACAAGUACUUCCUUGGUUAGCUUUGAGUCCUCUCUUCAGAGUCGUUAGUCAAAAAUAGUGUGGGAUUCCAGUGUGAAACACUGCUACUUUUCAUAUAUCUACUGCAACAUACGCAUGAUAAGGCAUGAACAUCAUUCUUAUCAGGGCAACCGAAAGUUUGGCAAACCAAAAGGAAUCCAUAUGAGCCAGUGAGAGUGUAUUCGUGUGGAUGUCCAGCUUGCUUGAUUGUAUAAUGUCUGAGUAGCAAUUCAUGAGAUUAAAUAAAUAUGUUGUAGCAUGAAAUGUUGAAUGAAUGAAUGAUGAAGUUAUUUUUUGAAACAAGGGAAUCUGUUUUUUUGAAAUAAAACUGGAAUACCAUAUUUAGGAGGUGCUUUCUCAUUUCUGUUGACUGUUAGGCUCGUCUUCCUGGGUGUUAGCAAAGUGUGGCUGACAACUUUGAGUGUAGCAUUCUCUUCAUUUCAGAUGUAAAAAUAGGUUUGCUAAAGCCUCUCUCAGUUUAAAACUCCUCAAAUCAAACUAUCAUUUUAAUGACUUCGUUUAAUCAUUUUGUUCAGAAAGUGUGUUACACUGUUCUGAAUAGCUAUUGUCAGGAAGGCAUACUGUAUUCUCUUCCUUGUCACAUGCUCAAAGUUAAUGUCAUUCUUUUGUAUUUCAAUUGUCUGACAUUUUGUUUUUUUUAGUAACUUAUUUACCAGUAAACUUCCUUUGAUUACUUU